UUUAUCGUGAAGAGACGUAAAAUGUAAUCUCACACACUGGAACAGACCGAAAGCAGAACGGAAUUUCCCCCCGUUUCCGUUCACUAUUGAUUUCGUCCAACGCUCACGUGCGACCUCAGCUGCUUUUCCGCUAUGUUCCGUCGGUCACGACGCACAACUCGACGGAAUUCGGUUACUCAAGAAAAUCGCAAAAAACUAUGUCGAUUUCGUUCAAAAUGCAAAAACUGAUAACAGAAGUACAAAAACAACCGUGCUUGUGGAAUGUGCAUCUGCCUAGUUACAGUGAUAAACCGGCGAAAGUGAAAGCUUGGAAAGCAAUUUGUCAGGCGAUUUAUCCGCGCACUGUUGGAAACAGUGCUGAUGAAAAAUCGAAGAUUGCGUUUAUUCAAAAGAAAUGGAAGUCGGUGCGCGAUUAUUACACCAAGCAAAGGAGGGAGCUUCAGUCAGAGUUGGUGACCGGGUCCAAGCGGAAAAAAUAUGUUUAUUUCGACAUGUUGCGGUUUUUGGAAGCUAAAUUCGACGGUGAAGAAGACACACUUGUUGGGAGUUGGAAGGACGAUAGUUCUGAUUUGAACCUAACUGAGGAGGCAACAACAGAAGAUGACAAAAACCCAGCCAUCAAACACGAAGAGUUGGAAGAAACUACAAUCAAGUCGGAAGACGUCGAUCUUCCUCCUGAUUUCGUCGAAGAAGAAAGCCCCCAUCCCUCGAGACAAGACAUCGACGAAGACGAAAUGUUUCUCCUGUCGCUCCUCCCAUCAAUCCGAAAACUCACACCUUUGCAAAAAAUGGACUUCAAGCUGGAAGUCAUGACCUCGCUCAAAAAAAUCCAAUUCGCUGACGCAUCUAGUUGCCAGCAUUUGUAA